GCUGGCACAAGGUUGUAUAUGAAUCCAGCCGCCAAAAAGAUAGGAAAAGCAUUUCUUUUUCCGCAAUCUCUCUCCCCAUUUUUUCAAAUUUGCCCGUUUCUGCGAUCCGGGUUCAUCAGAUUCUCAAGCUUCGGUUCGAAUUCGAUUAGGGUUUCGCGAGCGAGUGAGAAAGGUUUCGUCUUUUAGGGUUCUCGUGAAAUGGCGUUGAUUUGAGAGAGGAGGAAGAAGGUUCUGAGUUGGGACUGAGAGAUUUUAGGGUUUUCCGGAUCCGGCGAAGAUGAGCGCGUCGAGGUUCAUAAAGUGCGUCACCGUCGGCGAUGGCGCCGUCGGGAAAACCUGCAUGCUGAUUUCUUACACCAGCAACACUUUCCCGACGGACUAUGUUCCAACUGUUUUCGACAACUUCAGUGCAAAUGUGGUUGUAGAUGGGAACACUGUCAAUCUCGGAUUGUGGGAUACAGCCGGUCAGGAAGACUACAACAGGUUACGGCCUUUGAGCUAUCGGGGUGCGGAUGUCUUCAUUCUUGCUUUUUCACUUAUCAGCAAGGCCAGUUAUGAGAACGUGGCCAAGAAGUGGAUUCCCGAGCUCAGGCAUUAUGCUCCUGGUGUUCCAGUUAUCCUCGUUGGAACAAAACUCGAUCUCCGAGAUGACAAGCAGUUCUUCAUAGACCAUCCAGGCGCGGUGCCAAUCACUACAAGCCAGGGUGAGGAAUUAAGGAAACUGAUUGGAGCUCCGGUCUACAUCGAAUGCAGUUCAAAAACACAACAGAACGUGAAGGGGGUGUUUGAUGCGGCCAUAAAGGUUGUGCUUCAGCCUCCGAAGCAGAAGAAGAAGAAUAAAAAGAACAAGAACCGUUGCUCCUUCUUGUGAUUGCUUAAAGAAUAGGUAAACGAAAAGAGAAAAACGCCCUUUUUUUAUCGGGUAUUAGUCCAUACCCAUUUUUACAUAUCAUCGAUGGCAUGAAGGAGACGAUUUGAGGAGCUUUUUUGUAUAGCUGUGUUCGGGUUUUUUCUGUUUCACGAGAUGAAGAAGCUGAAGUGUUUAACGAGUCUGAGCAUUGUGUAACCCUCUGGCGAUGCAUGAGCUAAAGUGUGAUCCUUAAGACGAGAGAAGGGAUGAAUUCUUGGUGGUGUCACUGUCUUGUAGAACUAAUCUCCCUUUUGUUUUUCCCCUGUUGUUGCCGGAGAUGGAUUUAUUUUGUAUCCGACACCUUCAAUUUGUAUUUGUUUGAAGCUUAUAUUAUCUAAUUUCUAACAUUGCUUCUGCAUCAAAUUUA